UUUAGGAGCUUCUUGUGUUUCCUUUACGAAGGUAAAUGAAUAAUGUAAAUAAGUAAAGGACUGAGGAAGCCUCACGCCCUUUUGACUUGCAUAACGGGAAAUUUCACGAAGCCGCCAAUUGAUAUCUGGAGAUAGGAAACAUCUUUGAUAAUUGUAUUUUGCAAUAUUGCCUUCAAAUCAAAACAUACAAAAUGUGCGGCAUAUGGGGAACUUUUGGCAUGGAUGGCGGCUUAACUCCAACGUGCAUAAAGUGUUUUGCCGCCAUCGUACAUCGAGGGCCGGACGCUUGGCGCCUCGAGCAGGAUUCCCGCGAGCCACAGGCGGUGCUUGGAUUUCAACGCCUUGCCAUCGUAGACGGUUUACAUGGUAUGCAGCCGAUGCGACUGCAUUGUUUUCCUCGCCUCACUUUGAUUUGCAACGGCGAAAUCUACAACUGUAAACGUCUCCGAGAUCAAUAUAAUUUCCCGUAUGAAACUAACUGCGACGUCGAAGCUAUUAUUCAUACGUACAAAAAGUUCGGAAUCGCCGACACUGUUAAUAAAUUGGACGGUGUAUUCUCGUUUUGUCUGAUUGACGGUGAAGCGCGUAAGGUUUAUAUAGCACGAGAUCCUUACGGUGUUCGGCCACUUUUCAAAUUACAUGACAAUGAAAAGGGAUUGAUGGCAAUAUGUUCGGAAGCUAAAGGAUUAAUGGGUUUGAAACAGAAAGCUAGUGAAAGUUCAAGCCUUGGUCAGUUUCCGCCCGGACAUUUCGAGGUGUGGAGUUUAUUAGACGAUGGCAAAGUUAAACUGGACUACAACGAAAGAUAUUUCACUCCGGGAACACCUCCCCGUUUUGUACCUUAUGUAUCAACAGAGGAAUUAGCAAAAUUGAAUAGUCUGUAUGAAAAGACCGCGUUUUUGUUGGAAGCCGCUUGUAGGAAAAGGCUUAUGUCGGAUCGAAGAAUCGGAUGUUUGCUUAGCGGUGGUUUAGAUUCGUCGUUAAUUACAGCUUUAGUUGUAAAACUUGCUAAGGAACAUAAAUUGCCAUACAAAAUACAAACAUUUGCGAUCGGUAUGGGUGAUUCUCCCGACCUUGUCGCAGCACGCACGGUAGCAGAUUACCUCGGUACGGAACAUCAUGAGGUUAGGUUCGAUGAGAACGAUGUAAGACAGUCACUAGAUAACGUUAUUUAUCAUUUGGAAACCUUUGACAUCACAACAAUACGUGCUAGCCUCCCUAUGUACAUAUUGUCUAAGUACAUCAAGGAGAACACGGAUACGACGGUAGUGUUCAGUGGCGAAGGUGCGGAUGAGGUAGCUCAGGGAUAUAUUUACUUCAGGGACGCGCCAACGCCAGUGGCCGCUCACGAGGAAAGCAUUCGCUUACUAUCCGAUAUCUACUUAUACGAUGGCCUAAGGGCGGACAGAACGACUAGCGCGUUUAGUUUAGAACUUCGUGUGCCAUUCUUAGACAUUCAGUUCACGCACCACUACCUCAACAUCGAACCGAAACUUCGACAACCACAGAAUGGAGUUGAGAAACAUCUUUUGCGCAGUAGCUUCGCUAAAAGUGGUCUAUUACCUGACUCUAUUUUAUGGCGACACAAAGAAGCUUUUAGCGACGGUGUGGCAUCAGUAAAGAAGUCUUUGUUUACUACCAUAUCUGAAAUUAUUACGGAGAGACUACCCGAAGACGAUCAACAAUUUAAGGGACUUCAACCAACGAGCACUGAAUCCAAAUACUAUCGCUAUGUAUUUGAGAAAUCAUUUUCAGGUCAACAUAACUUUACGCCCUACUAUUGGAUGCCCAAAUGGGUGCAAGUUUCGGAUCCGUCGGCAAGGUUUAUUAAACAUUACGCUGCUACAUAAAUAUAAAUACAAUAAAUAAUUUAUUUUAAGUAUUGAAUUGGAUCACUUCUUCCUUUCAUGUCCUUUUCACACAUU